UCAAACCGAAGUGUUCCGUGUUCCUCAACACAAUGAUGUGGAUGCAAUGGAAAUGAUGAAUGAUUUCAAAGAGGGCUUAACUGUUCGCCGAAUUCCAUCAGCUGGUGCUUGCUAUGUAUCUCACCUGGACUUGGCUAUUCCCCAGCCAGAGCAAAUAAAAAUCAGCCUGCGACAGAUGUCUUUACGAGGACAGCCACCAUCAAAUGUGACGACUACGAUAAAUGGGUGGAGAGUGGUGGGCUUUGCAAGUCGCUUUGAUUUACCUCAGACGUUCAUCGACUUCUGUUAUGGAUAUCCUAUCUACGGCCUUAAAAAAACCUCGCUGGAUUCCGUGAAAUUUCUUUUUAAGGAAGAUCAUAGACGUGGAAAACGGCAUCAUAUAUUAAACGACUUCUCUACAUGCAGCACAAAGGGCAAAGAUGCAAUGGAGAAUUGUUUGUCAAAACAAAACGAGGAUCCGAUUAGCUAUUCCGAAGGAAGACAUGUAGAGUAUAAUAUGAAGUGCUCUUACAAAGUCCAUAAUUGCUUUUACGUAUAUGACUGUAAACCACUAGGUAGUGGAGGUUACAAAUGUGAUCAGGCAGCACAUUUCCUUGAAUACCUUGGUAUUUGUUGCUACCCUGUAUGUUAAAGUUUUGAAAUUCGUAGCAGCUAAGCAACGAAUUUGCCAAUUUUCUUUGAUCUUUUUUAGUAUGUCAGAUUUUCAAGUUUAUUUUACCCCGUAAUAAUACUCAUUAUUUUACUAUAAUUCCUCAGUGUAGGUAAAUGCGGAAGGAAAUUAAUUUUAA